CCCACAGUGUCACUGCAGUGUCUGCCCUCAGUGGUGGUUUAUCUCUGGCUCUAGGAAAUUGCAUGUUUCAGGAAACAGACUGAGCGAGUUCUCUGUUGAAAUCAGAUCAUCGUGCUGUAGAAUGACAACAAAACAGACAGCCAUGGAAGUGGACACUGCUUUUCUCAAAUCCAGGAGGGGGAUUGUGAAGGUGACAGAGAUGGUGACUCUGUUUGUGGCUUUUGUGUGUUUCGCUGUAGCCUCGACACCCAAGUACAUCGCAGCCACAGCGUUGGAGUUUUUCAUCACCUCGCUUCUGCUGGUGCUCUACCUGCUCAAACUCAACAAGAGGCUGACCUUCUUCUUUUGGCCUCUAGUUGAUGUAUUGAAUUCAGUCUUUGCGAGCGUUUACUUCAUCACCUUGAGCUUGAUGGCUAUGACUUCUUACAUUAACACAGGCAUGCUGAUUGGAGGGAUCAUGUGUUUCCUCUUAGCUGUGCUGCUGUGCGUUGAGAGCUACAUUCUGUUCAGUAUCAUCACAUUCAACAGGCCGAGGACUGAAACGCAGAAUACAUAAAACAGACGAACUGCAGCAAACUAAUGACAACGUGUGCGCAUGAAUGACCCCAACCCGCUAACUGCUUUUGCAUUCUGUGCGUAGUUUAAAGGUUUAGCUGUAGAAGUGUUUGUUAGUUUAUCCACAGGCAUAUUUGAUUCUGUAACUAAGCAUGGUGCCAUGGUGUGGCUGUUUAAGAUUUCUAAAUUGUAAAGGGA